AUGAACACUACUUUCGAGAACUUGUCGUACCAGGCAAUGACACUCAUCAACUUAGUGUUUGAAAAGGUAGAAGCUGUGCGAGAAACCGCUCCACCAAUGCCCUCUCAGGAAGAACUCGACAAACUGCUUUCCUAUCUCAAGAGACUCAGCAAUCACAUGACUAAGAUGAUAGAACGGACGGAUGGCCCAGAACAAGAGCUCAAGCUAGAGGCCGUAGUUACGCAGGCCAAUGAAGUCAUGCUUGAAGUGGACAACAUGCAGUUUGCCAUCUGGUUGCUUGACCCUGAUCGCCCUUGUAAGAGCAUUCACGGUGUUGUUCGUGACAACCCAUUGGCACACAAGAUCUAUCAGUAG